AUGAAGUCAGUGAUCCUCGCCCUGCUCGUCUGCGCCCUAGCCGCCUCAGUUCUGUCAUGUGAUAAGUUCCAGAAACAUCUUAAUAUGUUCUGCAAGUUCCCAGGUGAAAGCAAGCCUUGUGUGACAGAUAACGCGCAGUCAUUUGCAUCAACUUGUUGUGCGAGCAGAGGAGGCUGUAAUUCAAAGGAAUUUCCAAAAGAGAAGGUGUGCUGUUUCACGCAAUCAUGCCUCGACCGUUGCUAUCCAGGAAAAGGUCAUCGCAUGGGAACGGUCCUUCAUUUUCGAAGAACUUCUCCUGCUAAGUGGCUCAACAUGCGAUUCUUGUUCCUCUGUGUGUUGGUAGCAGGGGCUUCAGCUUUCCCUGCUUUUAAUGACACCACAUUCACUGUGGAAAUGUUAAACAAAUUGAUCGAAAAGGUGAAGGAAGAAUCAAAGUACGUGCCUGGCUAUGUUAUGGAUGCGAUCAAUAGUGCAACUGAUGCGGAAAAACAACAAUUUGUCGAUCUUAUGAACAAGCUGCACAAAGGAGAAUUGCCAACGGUUUCAAACUUGAAAGAAUUCGUCCAGCUCAUAGAGAAGGAGGCACCAUUGCUUGCACCAAAGGCGAAUGCUGCUUAUAACGCCUAUAUGGAAAGAUACAAUAAACUGACAAAGGAGGCACAAAAUUUCAUCACAAAGUGGGAAACGAAAGGAUUUGCUGUCGCUGGCACAUAUCCAAAAAAUAAAGAUGAAUAUCUCAAGAACAUGGCGCAAAUGAUGGUGCAAUUUGUCGCUGACAGCGAGAAUCUUACACCCGAAACAUGGAAGAGCCUCGAGGAGCAAUUCCCAGAACAAGUGAAAGCAUGGAAUGACUGCCCUGAAAUGAAAGCGAUUCGCGAUUUCAUAAAAAAUUCACCCAAGGGUUCAGACUUGUUCGAGGAUCCGGAUACGCUAAAGAAAAUAACGGAGCUGGGUUUGCAGAAGCUCUUGCAAGAAGAUACACCUAAAGCGUAA